AUGGCAAGCUUUUUGUACCAUCGUCCAAAUUUAUGGGACUAUCCAACCACCAAACCAUUCACCCAGUACGAUUAUGAACUCUUUAGUGAUAAGUCAUUAUUAUUAGAAAUGAUUAAGGCAGGAUGUCAAGAAGUUUUCAAAUAUGCACCGAGAGAUAUUAUUGAGGAUAGAGAAUUUGUGUUAAAAGCUGCCAAACUCAAUGGUCUUGCUGUUUUUGGAUCAUGUUUUACCUCAGACAAGGAAAUCAUGUUAGAAGCAGUGAAGAACAAUGGAUAUGCAUUGAGAUUUGCGAGUGAAGAAUUGAAAAAAGAUUCUGAAUUGGUGAUGGAAGCUCUUAAAUGCAAUGGAUAUGUGUUGGAAUAUAGUGAUGAAUUGUUGCAACAAAGGAUGGAACAAUGUUAUUUUGGUGCUUAUUUAGGAUGUAAAUGA